AAAAGACAAAGAUCUCCGCAAUUUGCGAAUUUUGGUUUUUGCGGUAGGCCCCCAGUUAUUAGUAUGUGUAAGCGAGAACGAAUAUCGACAGUCGAGAAAUCGGAUAUCGUUAGUGUUGUGUGCCGACAGAGUAAGAGCCCUAGUGCGCAAAAUGUUCAAGUCAAUAAACAAGACCAAGUGCGAGUAGUUCGAAAAAGUCGCGCGGCUAGAAGAUGUUGAUGUCAACUUUAGCCAGUCUUCUUCGAGACCACGGGGACAACGCCGUCCUCGGAACGUCGGAUGUAAACAUAAAACUUAAAAGGCGAUUAAGUCCUGUUUAUAUCAGUUAAUAAUUUAUACAUGAGUAAAGAUCUUCGCCAAACUAUAUAUUCCACGUUAUCCUAAUAUCCCAGAUACAUAUAACUCAUGGUCACCCUAAUUAGAAAGAGAUGCAACGGCCCUCUUUGACUUUUCAUGUGGACACACUUUUUGGCCAAUGUAUAAUCCGGAUAAUCUUAUAAGUCCGUGGUGUGGCUAUGUUCAAAACAGACUUCAACAAGUGAAAUGUCAAUGUCAUAGAUAUUUCAAAAUAUUAUUAUGAUUUUAAAGCUCAACUCCUCGGUAUUUUUACGUUAUACCCUGCAUAGUUAAAUAUCUCAUCAUGAACAUGCACGAGCGCAUAAAAAUCGUUUUAAAAAUAUUGAAAUUUUCAUCAUUUUUCGGAUGCAGUGGAUUCCUAGUCGCCUAUCCUUUUCGACAAACGUAUAAAUCUAUUGGAAAAAUAGUGAAUUCUAAUGUUCUCGUGACGGAGAAGAAACACACUCCCGAGUACAUCUACAUAGAUGACCCCAGCUACGAUUUAACCGUGAGGAUGGAAGAAGACAAAGCUAAUAGGCAGUCAGUGGGAUGGAAUCGUAUUUGGAAAAGUUUGAAACACUCUCUGGCGUGGCGAUUACUAUGGUUAUGCAAACACGGGAAUCAGGAGCAGCGAAACAUCGCGCUGGUACAGUUGGCUUCGUUCAACAACAACAAGGAAUGGGACUGUCUGAAACUUGCGCAGGCGAUCGACAAGAACACCGCGGUGCUGCUGGCGCGCACGCGCGGGGCAGACCUGCGGUACUUCCUGCCUCCGCCGAUCCACGUGAGAAAGGCCGCGAAAGCGCCGGAACUACUCUCCUAUAAGUUUCAUGACCUAAUUUUAGCUGUGCAGAAUCUUCAGCGUCAUAGUUGCAUACAGCACUUCUUAUCUAAGUAUUUUGCUAAUGUCCAAGAACAAGCAAUGGAGGCUGACAGUAUACCUGCUAAGCCAGACACCUUAAGUGAACGUGAUCUAUGCUUGAUGUGCUUGGAUGCUUUACAUCAUCAUUUAAGCUUAUUUAAUAACAAUAAUUAUGAGGAUGAUCACUCGGCCAAAUUGUUAGCAAACAUGGGCAUAAUGUCCUGUCUCGCUGAAUUGUUUUUAAGGCAUCCAAAUGAUGUUGAUGUGGAUCUGGCAGUGCUAAGAGUUCUUACCGUUUUAAGUGUUCAUACUAGUCUCCUCACUGCAUUCUUUGAAAAUGGUCUCAUUAGAGAGCUAUCAAGAUUAUUACAAUCGGGAGACAUCAGAUUAUCAAGCUCUGCUGCUGUGUGUUUGGCAAACCUGUCUGGAGAAUAUUGUUACAGGCCAGGGUUAUAUUUAUUACAUCCCCUGUAUAGAAAUACUGCAACUCCAAUAUGUGAUACACUACUGGUUCAUGGCUUGAGAGGCGGUGUUUUUGUGACCUGGAGGCAAAGAGAUCAGUCAUGUAAGCCGGUUGGUAUUUUAGAAGGCACUUUGGCAGACCUUGAGUGUGGUGAUGCUGUGCCAAGAUAUAUAGAUCAAGAGUUACAACAGGUAAUGGAAGAAAUAAUAGAAUUAGAAGAUGAAGCUUUGCUUGCCAAUAUAGAAGUGGUGCUGGAGGAUCUGCCUAUCGAUUCCAAAAGAGAUGAUGCAAAUGCCUCCUUCUAUACAGUAAAAAAUAAGCGCUUAGGCCUAAUUCAAGAGAGGCAAGACCGCUGCGCUUACACCUCUUGUUGGCCUAAGGAUUGGCUUCCACAAGAUUGUAGUAAUCUUAGGAUCAUUGGUGUAAAUUAUCUUAGCUCUUUAUCAGACUGGCUGGAACGGUGUCCUCUACAGGCUUCUGAUAUAUCAGCUCGGGCUUCUGAAUUAGAACCUAAUUUAAUUGAUGCCGGAGUUGGCAGCCGAAAUACACCAAUAGUAUGGCUAGCUCACUCAAUGGGUGGGCUCAUAGUAAAACAAGUGCUCAAUGUUGCUGCUCAAAGCCAGGAUCCCCAAGCCAACAAACUUUGUGAAUGUACCAAAGCAGUACUUUUCUAUAGCACACCCCAUAAGGGGAGUGCAUUUGCCACCAUGCCCAGAGCUGCAGCAGCAGUGUUGUGGCCGUCUACAGAUGUGCGCCAAUUGCAAGAAAACUCACCAGUAUUAUUAGAUCUACAUCAAUUAUUUCUAAAAUAUGCUGACAGGUAUAACUGGGAAACAAUCAGUUUUGCAGAAAGUUUACCUACUUUGGUAACAGCAUUCAAGGUUCCUGUACAUUUUGUUGAGGCUGUAUCAGCAGACUUAGGAAGAGGACCUUUCUAUCAACUGCCGGUGGAUCACUUGUGUAUAUGUAAGCCUGCAACUAGGCAAAGUAUUUUAUAUACGACAUUGUUGGAUGUACUGCUUAGGGUGACUAACAAAGAUGAAUCACUAAAGUACACCAAUGUAGAAUGGUUUUUCAACAUGUUAUUGGAAACCUUGCAACGAAAAAAGGCGGAAAUAAUGGAAGCUUUGAAUGGCUCCCAAAGUAAUGAAGGUCUACGCUGGUCUGAACGGUUGUUAUUAGAUAUUUUUACUGAUGGAUUCACUGAUUAGAAUAAAUGUCAUGCAAAAA